AUGUCCGCCGAAAAAGCUGCUUUUGAGCGCGAAGUCGCUGAGCUCGAGGAGUUCUGGAAGCAACCAAGAUUUGCGAGGACCAAGAGGCCGUACACAGCUGCUCAAGUUGUGAGCAAGCGAGGAACCGUCCGAAUUCAAUAUCCUUCCGAUGUAAUGGCAAAGAAGCUUUGGGCAUUGCUUGAGGCUCACUCAAAAUCUGGGACCCCCUCCCACACUUACGGAGCACUUGACCCUGUGCAAGUUACUCAGAUGGCGAAGCACUUGGAGACUGUUUACGUUUCCGGAUGGCAAUCAUCAUCCACAGCUUCGUCGACUAAUGAGCCCGGUCCAGAUCUGGCUGAUUAUCCCUCCAACACUGUGCCUAAUAAGGUUGAGCAUUUGUUCUAUGCACAGCUCUUCCAUGACCGAAAGCAAAGGUCUGCUCGAGCACAAUUAUCCGAGGCUGAGCUUGCCAACACCCCGUACAUCGACUACUUGAGACCACUUAUUGCUGAUGGCGAUACGGGUCAUGGUGGUUUGACCGCUUUGGUCAAAAUGUUCGUCGAAAAGGGGGCUGCAGGAAUCCACAUUGAAGAUCAGCGCCUGGAACGAAGAAAUGUGGACAUAUGGCAGGAAAGGUGCUCGUCCCCAUCUCUGCACAUCAGCCGAUUGGUCGCUAUGCGUCUUCAGCUUGAUAUUAUGCAUACAUCUACUCUGGUAAUCGCUCGUACCGAUUCCGAGGCCGCCACCCUUAUUACCUCACCUGUUGAUCCUCGGGACCAUCCUUUCAUCUUGGGGGCAACUAACCCGGCAUGCAUUGAUGAUUACGCGGCCGGUGCAGGCGGAGUAGGCCUUGUCAAGGCCAUGAUAGAUGCGGAGGCUCGCGGCUUGAGCGGUGCUCAGUUGCAAGCUGUCGAGGAUAAUUGGAUUAAUCAAGCCGGGCUUAAGACCUUCUCUGAGGUGCUUGAGGCAAACAAGGGAUCGUUCGAAACAGCGGUACAACUUGCUCAAGGAAAGUAUGGCCUACGAACCCUGCCCCCCUUCUCCUGGGACGCAGCACGCACCCGUGAAGGCUUCUACCGCUACCGUGGCGGAACUGCUGCUGCGAUUGUCCGCGCCGCUGCUUUCGCCCCCCACGCCGAUCUUCUUUGGAUGGAGACCAAGAGCCCGAUUCUUGCUCAGGCCAAGGAGUUUGCUAAGGGUGUACAUGCCAUUCGUCCAGGACACUGGCUCGCAUAUAACCUGAGUCCAUCUUUCAACUGGGACGCCGCUGGUCUUAGCACCAAAGAUAUGCAAGACUACGUGUGGCAGCUCGGAAAACUGGGCUUUGUAUGGCAGUUUAUCACUCUUGGUGGAUUGCACUCCAAUGCAUAUAUCAGCGAAUUGUUCGCAAAGGCUUAUGCAAAGGAAGGCAUGAAGGCAUACGUCGAGCUUGUUCAGAGGCGUGAGAGGGACAUUGGAUGUGAUGUCCUUACCCAUCAAAAGUGGUCUGGCGCCGAUUAUGUCGACAGCCUCCUGAUGACUGCUACAGGUGGUAUUUCUUCCACAGCUGCCAUGGGCAAGGGCGUUACCGAGUCCCAGUUUGCUACGAAAGGGAAGCUGUAA